AUGGUGGUCUUGUGGUUUCAGAACAACCUGCUGCUCGCCGCUAUGUUCAAGUACAACAAGAGCAGCAUGAGGGAAAUUGCGACAAUCUCCACGGUGAUGGCAUUUGGCACCUGGUGGCUGAUGACGGGUGGCUGCCCAAUGCGCAUCCUGUGGCUGCUGCAGGGAUCCACAGUGUUUGUGUCAGCGGUGGCCAGCAGGGUGCCACAGAUUGUGCUCAACAUCAAGAAUGGCGGGUCCGGCGAGCUGUCCAUCACCACGUAUCUGUUGAACGUCCUUGGCUGCGCGGCCCGUGUGCUCACGACGCUGGCCCUCACGGGCGACAUGCUGCUCCUGGCGGGUAUGGCCCUGCAGUUCGUCCUCAACGGGGUGCUGCUCUAUCAAACACUGGAGACAGCUGGAGUCGUGACGCGCCAGAAGACCCCUCGCCUGCAACCUUGA